AUGUCUUCGAUCCUGAGAUUAGGGGCUGUGCUCCUUGGUGCUGUCAGCCUCGUCACUGCUGUGCCGGUCGAACUUGAGAAGAGAGAGGUCUCCGCCAACAUCCUCUCCCAACUCGAGUUCUUCAGCCAAUACUCCGCCGCAGCAUACUGUCUCGGAAACAACAACAGCCCCAACACAAAAGUCACCUGUCCGCAAGGGAACUGUGCUCGCGUAGAAGCAGCCAACACCAACACAUUGACAGAAUUCGAGAACUCCAUCAAAUCCGACAUCACCGGCUUCGUCGCCACAGACACGACAAACAAACUCAUCGUGCUUUCCUUCCGCGGCUCAAGAUCCGUCCGCAACUGGCUCACCAACCUAAAUUUCCCCGUCGCGCCAACCACCAUCUGCGCUACCUGCGGCUCAUCAAUCGGCUUCUGGCAGUCCUGGCUCGAAGCACAAACUAACGUGCUUGCCGCCAUCAAAGAAGCGCAAGCGCAAUACCCGUCCUUCAAGGUCGUGGUUACGGGGCACUCGCUCGGUGGUGCCUUGGCAAGUCUGGCCGCAGGAUUUCUACGUGCGCAGGGGACGACGGUCGAUCUGUAUACCUACGGCGCGCCAAAGGUUGGGCUGCAGGGGCUGGCAGACUACAUCUCUGACACGUCAAAAGGACAGACGUAUCGCGUCACUCACAAGGCUGAUCCGGUGCCCAAGCUGCCGCCCGCUCUUCUCGGCUACAGGCACACAAGUCCUGAGUACUAUAUUACUAGUGGGAACGACGCGCAGCCUGGGACGGGGGAUGUGAACGUAUUGACUGGCAGCUUGAACCUGAAUGGGAACGAGGGGGACUUAGGGAUCGAUAUCGAUGCGCAUUUGUGGUAUUUUGGACAUAUUAGUGCGUGUGAGGGUCAGGAGGGGAUUGAGAUCAGGGGGUUGGGUGAUGAGUAA